AACAGAGAAAACGAAAAACAGUUGUUUAUUUUUCCCGACAGAUUGAUUCCCACUUACCCAAAUCUUUCUUCUCUCUCCGGCACUCAGAUAUGAGUAGCCCCAUCGCUAUGUCACCGGCUUUCUCCACCGCCGUUCUCCCUCCGUCCUCUCACGGCUCUCCCUCUUUCAUCCUCCCACCUCUCACCUCCCAAUCUCGAAUCAAACGCACAAGAGCUUCCACGACGACGGUUCGAUGCGACGUAGCUACCAAAUCAGCUGAUUCAGUCAACGCAGAGGAGGCUGAUCUUACGGAAGAGGAGCUCCAAGCGAAGGCAAAGGUGGGAUCUUUGAUCAGAGUCACUGCUCCGUUGAAGGUUUAUCAUGUGAACCGUAUCCCUGAGGUUGAUUUAGAAGGUAUGGAAGGUAAGCUAAAAGACUACGUAGCUGUGUGGAAAGGGAAACGAAUCUCAGCUAAUCUUCCUUAUAAAGUUGAGUUCUUUAAAGAAGUUGAAGGUCGUGGUCCUGUUAAGUUUGUUGCUCAUCUCAAGGAAGACGAGUUCGAGUUCAUCGAUACUUGAUGAUGAUGAGACACAACAAAAAGGCAAAUUCUUUUUUUGUCUCUUCACUCUCUUUUCUUGUGUUUACUGAAAACUUGGGAAUGGGGGGGGGAGAAUGAUUUGUAUGUAACUGAGAGUAUUGAUGUAUGUGUAUACCUUUAGCAAUCAUAUACAUAAGUAUCUCUUCUUCACCCCUGUUUGUUAUUGUUACAUCUGUUCUCGUUAUUGUCUUGUUAAAGUCAGUGAGAUAGAUAGAUAGACUUUCAUCAUUGUAUAUUGGAAGAAAUGAAAAAGUUGGAUUUUGAUAUAUGCAUGUAGACUUCAU